AAAAUUGUAAAGAGAUGAAUCAAAAUAAAUGUAAUGAUAUUAGAAAUAUUUUAAAAAAUGUUCAACUGACUAAUUUACAAGAGGAUAAUUUGCAAUACCAAACUGGUAAUAAUAAUAAUAGUCUAAUUACAAAUGAAAAAGAAAUCAAACCUAUUUUAUUAUCUAUUGGAGAAAAAGCAUUUAUCAAUUGUCAACUGCUUAAAGCAUGA